UGACCUGAGAAAGCUCCCAUGUGAUGCAAGGCGAGAGGAAGAGGCUGCUGAGUGGUGGGUUUGCUUUCUCUUCUUGCAUUUUCUCUGGGUGUUUCCUGCAAAUUCCAGGCUGAAUCCCAUCCUUUUGAAAAGUUCUUGUUUUUUUCUGCUGCUGGAAGAGGAUCAGGUCUCUUAAAGGAGCACUCCGCAAUGCACCUGCCAUCAGAUAACGGAAAGAGUGAAAAGACGGGCUUGAAUUGAAAAAGACGCCUCUGAAGGCCUGUCGUCCGUUCACCAUGCUGGACUUCCUAGCUGAAAAUAAUCACUGUGGGCAGGCCAUUCUUAGGAUCGUCUCUUGUGGAAAUGCAAUAAUUGCAGAAUUUCUGAGACUGUCAGAAUUCAUUCCAAGUGUGUUCCGACUCCGAGACAAAACCGAUCAGCAGAAAUAUGGGGAUAUCAUAUUUGAUUUCAGCUACUUCAAGGGACCUGAGAUUUGUGAAGGAAGAUUAGAAGCCAAACCUGACCUCCAGGAUCUCGACGAUGAAUUCCGUGAAAACAACAUUGAAAUCUUGACGAGAUUUUAUCAGGCAUUCCAAAGCGUACACAAAUAUAUAGUGGAUUUAAACAGAUACCUGGAUGACCUCAAUGAAGGAGUUUAUAUCCAGCAAACCUUAGAAACCGUGCUCCUUAAUGAGGAUGGCAAACAACUAUUGUGUGAAGCCCUCUACUUGUAUGGAGUUAUGCUGUUGGUCAUUGAUCAGAAAAUUGAAGGAGAGGUCCGGGAGAGAAUGCUUGUUUCCUACUACAGAUACAGUGCUGCCCGCUCUGCUGACUCUAACAUCGACGACAUCUGUAAGCUGUUUCGGAGCACGGGGUAUUCGAGCCAAACAGGAGCAAAGAGGCCUCCCAAUUACCCUGAGAGUUACUUCAGCCGCGUGCCCAUAAAUGAAACCUUCAUCAGCAUGGUUAUUGGCCGCUUGAGGUCAGAUGACAUAUAUAACCAAGUUUCUGCAUAUCCAUUACCGGAACACCGUAGCACUGCUCUUGCUACUCAGGCCGCCAUGUUGUAUGUGACACUUUACUUCGAUGCAUCCAUUCUACACACGCAGCAAGCAAAAAUGAGAGAAAUAGUGGAUAAAUAUUUCCCAGAUAACUGGGUUAUCAGCAUUUAUAUGGGGAUCUCAGUCAAUCUGGCAGAAGCUUGGGAACCUUACAAAGCGGCCAAAACUGCUCUGAACUACACAUUGGAUCUUUCCAAUGUCAAGGAACAGGCCAGCCGGUCUGCUGCGGUCACAGCACGUGUCCACACUCAGGUCCAGCAGUUUCUGAAGGAAGGCUGCUUGAGAGAGGAGCUGGUGCUGGACAACAUCCCCAAGCUGCUGAACUGCCUGAGGGACUGCAACGUGGCCAUCCGAUGGCUGAUGCUUCAUACGGCCGAUUUGGGUUAUGAUCCCAAUAACAAGCGCCUUCGGCAAAUAAAAGACCAAGUUUUAACAGAUUCCAAGUACAAUCCCAAAAUACUUUUCCAGCUUCUCCUGGAUACGGCACAAUUUGAAUUCAUCUUGAAAGAGAUGUUUAAGCAGAUGUUAUCAGAAAAGCAAUCAAAAUGGGAAAGCUACAGAAAAGAGGGAUCGGAAAGGAUGGCCGAACUGGCAGAUGUGUUUUCAGGUGUAAAACCUCUAACAAGAGUGGAGAAAAAUGAAAACCUACAAGCUUGGUUCAGAGAAAUCUCCAAACAGAUAAUGUCUCUAAACUAUGAGGACUCCACUGCCGCAGGAAGGAAGACGGUGCAACUAAUCCAAGCUUUGGAGGAGGUACGAAAAACAUUAAUUCUCAUUGCUAAGCCUCCACAUCACUAUGAGUGUGGAUGGAGGCCCAGCUGGUCAAAGGAGUCCGAGCUGGCUUCGGCUCUUGAUAUGCCACUGCUUCGUAUCAAUCAAGCAAACAGCCCCGACCUUCUCAGCGUAUCACAGUAUUAUUCUGGAGAACUGGUCUCCUAUGUGAGGAAGGUUUUGCAGAUCAUCCCGGAAAGCAUGUUUACCUCCCUCCUUAAGAUCAUAAAGCUGCAGACGCACAAUAUCAUUGAAGUGCCCACCCGCCUGGACAAAGACAAACUGCGGGACUAUGCCCAGCUCGGGCCGCGAUAUGAGGUUGCCAAGCUCACACAUGCCAUUUCAAUUUUCACGGAAGGCAUCCUGAUGAUGAAAACAACACUGGUCGGGAUCAUUAAGGUGGAUCCAAAGCAACUGCUAGAAGAUGGAAUACGGAAGGAGCUGGUGAAACGGGUGGCCCUCGCUCUGCACAGAGGACUCAUGUUCAACCCCAAAGCCAAGCCCAGUGAACUCAUGCCCAGGUUAAAAGACAUGGCAGCCACCAUGGAUGGAUUCCAUCGUUCCUUUGAGUACAUCCAGGAUUAUGUCAACAUUUACGGUUUAAAAAUCUGGCAAGAAGAAGUGUCGCGAAUCAUCAACUACAGCGUGGAGCAGGAGUGCAAUAACUUCUUAAGGACCAAGAUUCAAGAUUGGCAAAGCAUAUACCAGUCCACCCAUAUCCCGAUACCCAAAUUUGCACCAGUGGAUGAAUCUGUGACGUUUAUUGGUCGUCUCUGCCGAGAGAUUCUCAGGAUCACUGAUCCAAAAGUUGCCUGUUAUAUUGACCAACUAAACACAUGGUAUGACAUGAAAACCCAUCAGGAGGUAUCCAGCAGCCGCCUCUUUUCCGAGAUCCAGGACACUUUGGGCACCUUUGGCCUGAAUGGUUUGGACAGGCUUCUCUGCUUCAUGAUUGUGAAGGAACUUCAGAAUUUCCUCCGCAUGUUUCAGAAGACUGUGAUGCACGACAAAGGAGUGCACGAGGCACUGAAAUCUCUUAUGAAGUCUGUCAGUCCUCUCAAAGGAAUUGUGGCCAAUUGUGUCAAAGUGUAUUCUGCAGCCAUUGCCAAAACUCAGAAGAUAUGGGCCGCUUACCUUGAUGCAAUCAUGAAGGUUGGACAGAUGCAGAUUUUAAGGCGCCAAAUAGCCAACGAACUUAACUAUUCCUGCCGAUUUGACUCCAAACAUUUAGCGGCCGCUUUAGAGAACCUGAAUACAGCAAUCCUGGCUGACAUAGAAGCUCACUAUCAGGACCCAUCUCUGCCUUGCCCUAAAGAGGACAACACCCUUUUGUAUGAGAUCACAGCCUACCUGGAGGCCGCCGGCAUUCACAACCCAUUAAAUAAGAUCUACAUAACCACAAAACGAUUGCCGUAUUUCCCCAUUGUGAAUUUUCUCUUCCUGAUUUCCCAGUUGCCGAAACUUCAGUACAGUAAAAACCUAGGGAUGGUGUGCAAGAAGCCAGCAGAUCCCAUUGACUGGCCUCCUUUGGUGCUUGGGCUGCUCACGCUGCUGAAACAGUUCCAUUCGCGAUACACGGAGCAGUUUCUGGCUCUCAUCGGUCAGUUCGUUCGUUCGAUGAUGGAACAGUGCACAAGUCAGAAGGUCCCAGAAAUGCCAGCUGAUGUUGUGGGUGCCUUGCUUUUCUUAGAAGACUAUGUUCGUUACACAAAACUUCCACGAAGGGUUGUGGAAGCCCAUGUACCUAAUUUCAUUUUUGAUGAGUUCCGAACAGUUCUCUGAACUUCAGAACAAACUACAGCCCUGGAUGGCUAUCCCCAAACAAGGGAAGAAGGAUAAGGAUCAAGAAUGAUACUAACACUUCAAACUGUUUAAUAUUUUUCUGAGUCGCAGAGUAUACUUAUUGGUGCAUGAACUGAAAAUAAGUGACACUAGACUCUACAACUAACCCUUCUCCAAAAUCAUGUCAUUGUUCUCAAUUGAGUACUUGAUACUAGCAAAUUCUAUUUAACCUGUAACCUUAUAUAUAAUUCCACCUGUACAAAAAAUAUUUACUUUAUGUUCUUAGAGAGCAAUAUGUUGACAUACAUAAGAUGACUUUUUUGUAUAGGAAUUAAAAUAAUGAUACUAAAAUAA